AUGCAUCCCUUCCCAAUACUGUCACUUCCUGAAAGAUCCCGCAAAAAUGCUAUAAAAUGCAUGAAACUUUUGGAUAUAGUCAACUUCUCCUUAACCACUCAAAACGCAAAGAAUUCAGUGAUAUCUGCAGGAUUAAAAGCCACUGUGAGAGCAACGCUCAAAAGCAACUAUCUGGCUAUGUACUUCUGAAGAUAAUUUCGAGAGUCUAGAAGUGCAAUUAGAUCAAGCUGUACACCGAUUUGAGCAUCUCUUGGAAAUAUUCCAUCAGACAAGACUGAAAAAUCUGGAUUACGUUAACUUUGGGCCUACAUUUCAAACAAUCAUUCAAGAAUUUGAUAGAAUCAAGCAUAUCACAUUGCAAGAGAUUAGUCCUUUUGAAUUACAGAGUAUAAUCCGAAUGUAUGGAGUUAAUGUGGACUGUAUGGAUUUAAGCGAUGUGACAAUAUCAUACCUGUCUAAUCGAAGGGAUAUCUUGAUUCAAAAUUUCCGGUGCUUCAGCUUAUCCAAAAGUUUCCAGCUUAAACUUGAUGACGUAUUGCUUAUUAAUGCGAACAAUAUUGAUCUUCCAAAGAGCCUAACAAUAAGCCCAACUGACGCUAAUUUAUUCCUGCGACACUGGAUCGCUGGAUCACACGAGAAUCUGGUCCGUUUGGAGUUCACCCUUACCACUGAAGGAGAUAUUUUCCGGUUCAUUAAGUUUGAGGAGACACCUUCAGAAACACGUUCUCAACUUAAAGUGAUACUGGAGCACAAAAAUUGCCGCUGCUCGGGGGUUGAUAUUCGACGGUUCGAUGAGAAAAUCGCUACGAUUUUUGUUCAUGCGAGGAAGACUGUGGAGAUUUUUGUGCUGAAUUGA